GUUUACAAAAACAAUAAUCACAUUUUAAUUCUGUUACUUACUCUUUAAAAUGAAAAUAACAAAUUUAUAUACGUCUAUUGCUGUUAAUCGAUCUCCAUUUGCACUUGAUUUAGGUAAUAAUGGCUUAAUCUGUUAUGCCGCUGCAAAUUCGAUAGCUAUCUUGGAUCCAAACUAUGAUGACUCAUGUAAGCUACUUAAAAUACAUGCAAUUCACACGAAUCGAGUGAAUACUGUUAAAUGGAUAAAGAAACCAGGUGUAGAUAAGGAAAAUGAAUUGAUUUCUGGAAGUGACGAUAAUUUGUGUGUAUACCUUAAUAUUGAGGAUAUAGAGCAUCCAAAGAAAAUUAUAUUAAAAGGACAUACAGAUUCAAUCACUUCUCUCGAUAGUAUCCAUGUUGAAAAUGCCUUAUUUAUUGUAACUGGAUCGUCUGAUUCAACAAUUCGAUUAUGGAGAAUCAAUAACUUACAGGAAGAAAGUAUUGAAGCUUUUCAAGUAAUUGACUUAAAUCGAGGAAUUUGUUUCAGUGUAAAGUUUGUGAAACUAUACAAUGCCGGUGUUUUGUUGGCAUUUACAACCGAUGAUGAUAAAAUCAAGUUUUAUGGAGAAAAUGAGAAUAAAGUUUUUGAGAAAAUUGAGGAACUAAUUGGACAUGAAGAUUGGGUUCGCUGUCUAGAUUUCAUUAAGGACGAUAAUGGUGAUUUAUUACUUGCUAGUUCAUCUCAAGAUUCCUUUAUUCGUCUCUGGAAAAUCUCUCCUUACAACAAAAAUGUUGAGUUGAUUUCAAAAGAUAUCGAUGAAAUUCAAAUUGAGGCCAGAACCUUUACAUUAAAUAAUCAUAAAUUUGUAUUGGCACUAGAAUCAGUUCUGCAAGGUCAUGAAAAUUGGGUUUAUAGUGUUCAUUGGAAUAAAUCAUCUACUAAUACACUCCAAUUACUGUCUAGUUCCAUGGAUAGAUCAAUGAUUAUAUGGACAUAUGAUAAUGAUUUAUGUAUGUGGCUAGAAAAGGUCAGAGUAGGUGAAGUUGGUGGUAAUACUUUAGGAUUUUAUGGAGGAAAAUUCAAUAAGAAUGGCAAUUUUAUUGUUGGGCAUGGAUUUCAAGGAAGUUUGCAUUUAUGGAAGAAAUCUAAUGAGAAUGAUAGAAUUUGGGAACCAGCAGUAAUGAACAGUGGUCAUUUUAGAGAAGUCAAAGAUAUUGCAUGGGAACCAAAAGGCGAAUUUUUACUAUCAGCUUCGAUGGACCAAACAACUCGACUUCAUUCAUAUUGGACACGAGAUGGGAAAAUCAGAACUUAUCAUGAAAUAGCAAGACCUCAAGUUCAUGGAUAUGAUAUGCAAUGUAUAGCUAUUUUAUCAAGAUACAGAUUUGCGAGUGGUGCUGAAGAGAAAAUUGUAAGAAGCUUUCAAGCACCUGCUAAUUUCGUUGAGAACUUCAGAACUCUAACAAGGAAUCUAGAAAAGGAUGUUGAAGGGGACACAAUUGCUAAUUCUAAUCAGAAAGGUGCAGCAGUUCCAUCAUUAGGACUGUCCAAUAAAAUUGUAUAUGAAGAAGAUUUAUUAAAUCCAGUAAAUGAAGAGAAAAAAUUCAAGGAUGAAUAUCCUGAAAACUAUUUCGUACCAAUUUUGAUGAAAGAACCGCCAACUGAAGAAUAUCUCACACAAAAUACACUAUGGCCAGAAGUACAGAAACUUUAUGGUCAUGGAUAUGAGCUUUAUGCUCUCGCUGCUAAUAAAAGUGGAACAAUUUUAGCUUCGUCAUGUAAAGCAACAACAUUAGAGCAUGCUGAAAUUCUUUUGUGGAACACAAGUACUUGGAAAAUCAUUCAACGACUUCGUUCACAUAAAUUGACUGUCACACAAAUUAAAUUUUCGUCAGAUGGAAACAGAUUGCUUUCAGUUUCACGCGAUCGUCGAUGGUCUUUAUUUGAGAAUAUUCCUGAUGGGACUAAUGACGUCAAUUUCCAACUAGUGUCAACGACAGACAAAAACAAUGGAAUUCACGAGAGAAUUAUUUGGUGUUGUGACUGGACGCAUGACGAUAAAUUCUUUGCUACUGGAUCUCGAGAUGGAAAAGUCGCUUUAUGGACUAAAAAUAGCACUUGCUCAGAAUCUACCUUAAAAGACUAUUCAAGCUUAUGCUCAAUCAAUAUUUCAUCUGAUUCAAUCACUGCUUUAUGCUUUGCUUGUAAUAUUUAUAAUGGAAAUAGUUAUUUAUUGGCUAUUGGAUUUGAAUCUGGAAUCAUUCAACUUUAUUCUUUCAACGGCAAGACUUGUGAACUUCUUACAUCUUUAAAUAACUCAGACGCACAUCAUCUUACAGUAAAUAAGCUAGAAUUCAGACCAUCUGAAAAUAAAAUUCACCUAGCAAGUUGUGGAAAUGAUCAUCUUGUAAGAAUCUAUGAAAUAGAGCAAUAGAGACAGUUUGGACACCACUAAACUAAAGAAAUAAGUCUAUUGUUAAGCAAACGAA